AUGGCCACCAAUCCAGCCCAUUCGCUCGAAGCCGAUCUCGCUGUAAUUACCAACUGGCUCCAAGCAGACUCCGCAACCGUCAUGCAGGGAGUGGAAUCUACCCUUACCCCCGAAACAGUCACCGCGGCUGUCGCCAAUGUCGACGCUUUUGCCGAAACCGCUGCUGUCGACCCUACUACAGCUGCUGUUGGCAGCGCUGCUUCCGUCAAGGAGGGGCCUCUCCCACCUGCUGUUCCGCGCUCUAUUGGUGACAUCGACUACACUACGACCGGAGGACCUAGCGGUGUUUCGCACGAUGAGAGUGACGCCAGCGACGAGAGCUACGAGAGCGAGGACUGCAAUUGUGUCGAGUGCACCGAGCCUUCUAAAAAGCGUGUCCGCAGGUCCACCCACGACUCUCCCACUCCAGAAACUGAAGCCCGGAUACGAAGCUUUGACUUCAUGGGCGAGAUCUACAGUGUACCCUACAACGACGUCACUGAAGCCGGCUCCCACUUCCUGCGGAACAUGGUGCUCGCGAGCAGGAACGCGGUUUCGCGUGAUGGGAAGGAUAGCACCCGCUAUGAUUUCGCACUUGGGUUUGGAGGCCGGAUUGAGUUGUAG